GUCCUCCUCACCGUGUGUCACGACGUCCAGCAGCGCGCAUUCACCUCAGGUUGCGCCGGUACCACCUGAAGCUGCACCAUGUCUACGUGCCCUCCUUAUGCGCCGUUCUUUGGCUUCGCGGGUGUCGCGUCCGCGAUGAUAUUCAGCACUGUGGGUGCUGCAUUUGGAACGUCGAAGGCCGGCAUUGGCAUCGCAGGAUUGGGGACGUUCAAGCCUGAACUGAUCAUGAAGUCCCUAAUUCCCGUUGUCAUGUCCGGUAUCAUUGCCGUGUACGGUCUUGUUGUCUCUGUCUUGAUAGCCGGCAACUUGAAAUACGACUCUUACUCCCUCUUCGCCGGCUUCGUCCACCUUGGUGCAGGUCUAGCUUGCGGCCUUACGGGACUUGCGGCAGGAUACGCGAUCGGGAUCGUCGGCGACUCCUGCGUGCGCGCAUUCGUGCACGAGCAGAAGGUGUUCGUCUCCAUGGUCCUCAUUCUCAUCUUUGCCGAGGUGUUGGGUUUGUACGGUCUGAUCGUAGCUCUAAUCAUGAACACGCGGGCAGACGCCGGGGACAUCUCCUGCUCGUAGUCCGUGUAUCUGUUGCUAUUAUAGUUCGUCAAGGACAAUGUGCUGAUACCCCGCUGCGGAACAAGUCACACAUACUCGCUGGGCUACUCUAUAAGCAUUGCAAGAUGCGCCUUCCUGCUUCGCCCCCG